CAAGCAGUUAGUGACGUACCGGAAAAUGGCGGUGUCCUUGUUACAAUGGGGGUUGUGGAUGCUCACUUGUUAGCCAAUUUAGUGUUGAAAACGGCGGAUUGUUGUAACUGACGUCUCUUGUAUGUGGUUCAUCCCGUCGCAUACAUGAUAAAGCAGUCCAGCUCAGCGGGUCCAUCAACCUCUUCCCCGCAAACGAUGAAGGAACCCAAGGAGAACUUAAGUGGCCAAGCAUCUCUGGACCACAUCAAGCCAUGCUGGUACUGGGACAAGAAGGACUUGGCCCACACCCCCUCUCAGUCCGAGGGUCUCGACCCUGGCACGGAGGCUCGCUAUAGGAGGGAGGGAGCCCGCUUCAUAUUCGAUGUGGGAACCCGCCUCGGAUUACACUAUGACACGCUUGCCACCGGCAUCAUUUAUUUCCAUCGCUUCUACAUGUUUCACUCCUUCAAGCAGUUUCCCAGAUACGUGACUGGAGCUUGUUGUCUUUUCCUGGCUGGAAAAGUCGAGGAGACCCCGAAGAAAUGCAAAGAUAUCAUCAAGACGGCCCGCAGCCUGCUGAAUGACGUGCAGUUCGCUCAGUUCGGCGACGAUCCAAAGGAGGAGGUGAUGGUUUUGGAGAGGAUUUUGCUCCAGACCAUUAAGUUCGACCUGCAGGUGGAGCACCCCUACAUGUUCCUGCUGCGCUACGUCAAGCAGCUUAAAGGAGAGAAGAAUAAAGUCUGCAAGGUUCUACAAAUGGCUUGGACCUUUGUCAAUGACAGCCUCUGCACCAUGCUGUCUCUCCAGUGGGAGCCAGAAAUCAUCGCGGUGGCUGUGAUGUACCUGGCCGGCCGCCUGUGUAAGUUUGACAUCCAGGAGUGGACGGCCAAGCAGUCGUCCCGCCGCUGGUGGGAGCAGUUUGUCCAGGAUGUCCCCGUCGAGCUUCUCGAAGACAUAUGCCACCAGAUCCUGGACCUGUACUCGCAGGGAAAGAAGCCCAUCCCUCAGCAGAUCCAAGAGAAGGAGCGGGCCCCGGCGACUCCGACGUCCGUUCCUCCGAUACCGCAGGGGCUGCCCCCAGCCUCAAACCCUCCUCCCCCACCUCCUAAGAAGACUUCUCCUCAGGUCGGCAGCCCUGCGCGUCAACUCAAACGCUCCCAUACGUCUCCAAAGGAUGAACCCAAACCUCCAGAGCAAGCCGGGUCGAAGAUCCCCAGACUGGAGACCCCUAUGCCUCCCCUGCCUGCAUCCCAGCCUCCCCCAGCCCCUCCUGCAGAGGCAGAACCAGGAAGCGAAGCCGCUCCUCCACUCCCACACGCCCCACCCCCACACCAGCCCCCUCCCUUGCCUCAUCGCCCUCCUCCGCCCCCACCCUCCAACUACCUGAUGUCCACCACCAGCUCCUACAUGUCAGGAGAGGGCUUCCAAAGCCUGCAGUCCAUGAUGAAGACAGAAGGCCCACCCUACACCCCCCUGCCGCCCAGCUACCCGCCUCCCCUCCCGCCGUACCACGUCUAUCAACCAGCCACAGCACCGCCUCCAGGUCCGCCACCUCCCCCGUCCUCCUACCCGCCGCCCAGUUUGGCCCCAACUUACCCGCCGCCGGGCUACAACAGCUACCCUCCCCCACCACCGCCCCGCAUGCCCCCGGGCCACGUGCCGCCUCCGGGGAUCACGCUUCCUCCUGCUGGGUACCCGCCUCCGCCCCCCGUGCCUCCAGGACAGUCCCAGGUGCCCCUGCCGCCUCCACCCGGGAUGCCCCUCAACCGCGGUGGGUGGAUGAGAUGAGUCGUCGAUUGGAGCCCAAACCGACCAGAAUCUUGAGUCACAAACUAAGCGAAGUGAAACUGGUUUCUCUUCCGUAACGCUGCAGAGGAGCAGCCGGCGGGGGUCGCAAAUGAACUUAAAAAUGACCGGUCAGGUCCGGACAGCUUUGUUAGGAAAGACUGGAAGACUUUGAUAUGUGCAGGAAGCUGCUUAGCAGGCCCAUAAGAAUCCAUUCACAGAGAAUGUACUGAGAAACAGCAGCACCCUGUUUUCCUCUCAGUGUGUGGCACACAUGCAUCUUUGAUGGCGUUGCAGAGAGAUGUUCCAGCUUCUUUUGUUUUUGGUUUUUUUUUCCAUUUAAAUAAUGUGUUUCGCCUCUACUGGAUUCUACUUCUCACUUCAUUCUUUCACAUCGUCUCCAUUCUUUCGAAUUCAGUAGUUGUUGCUUUUGUAGCUCAUGUAACCAUAACCUGUUUGUUUUGGAAUAUAAUUUACCUACAAAAAUGCUGGCUUGGUGUUGCAGACAGUUUUGCGACUAUUAAAAACUUUAUUUUCA